AUUUGUAGGCAGAAGCAUCAACAAGCAAUACUUCACUGUAUAAUUUCAGUUUAUUCAACAGCCAACUUGGAGAACAGAACAAGUAGAAAUACCAUGCUCAUAGGUUACUUUCACUGGAGGUAAAGAUAUAGGAAGGGGAGAAGAGGUGAAGGGACAGAGCGGCACAUCCCCAGAUGGACUAGGAGGGAUUACAUCAUUCAGGAGAGGGAUGGGACUUUAAUUCCCAAGAAAGACUGAAAAGAGUUCAGGCGGACACCCUUUCGCAGUGUCAUCAGCAUCCUGAUUCAGGAGCACGGUUGAUGUGCAUCUAGAGAGGCAGUGGUCCUUGCUCAUGCUGAUGGUGGAGUAUGGAAGGAACAAAAAGUCUAGGAUGAGGAGCACGCCAUGGUUCUACUGGAGGUGAUGGAGGAAUGGACAUAAACGCUUUCUCAGUAAAUAAUAUUUUGCCAUUUUUUACUGAGUACCUAUGGUGGUUGGUGGCAUAAUAAGCAAGGAUUUCCUGCUGCUCACCGGAAAGACAUCUUUUUAAAAACAGGGGCAGGGACGUGCGAGCCCUCCUAUGAAACAGAAGGAGAAAGAGGGGAGGAGGGUUUUAGAGUGGGUGUCACACUACAACAUACCUAACACAAACAGACCAAAGCUGAUUUACGGGGAUUACUUGCAAAAAUUUCAUUUAGAAUCUAGGCUUAUCCAUAAUUUCAUCAAAAAAAGUAAUCUCUUGUUUAUUACCGCCUCCAUCUUGUCUACAACUUGAGGUUUUAGUCAAGGAGUCUCCGUAAUGAGAGGCAGGGCCAGGCCAGCAGCUCUUAAUCUGGGAGGGCACGGAUCUGAACCUAGGUCACUGGACAGUGUGCAUUACUGAUGCCCUGGAACGCCUCCUCACCAACAUCCACCGACAGAUGGAAGGGGGCGUUAUGUGACCCGGGCCAGAAUCAUGACCCAGACCUCAAGAAUAGCAGAACCCAACACCAUCCUGUGGAGGCCGCGCUGGUGGAGCUUUGUUUUAAGCAAUGAAUGAAAUCGACCGUUGCAAAAGUCUGGACUCUAUACUUGUAAUUAGCACAUUCAAUCAAUUGAAGCAAAGCUUGUAAUUGAUUAAUAUUUGUUGAAUUAGCAACACUAACUACAGAUAUUAGCUAGCUUAACUCGGUGGCUGAGAAGAUGUUGCGGUCCAGGAAUGGUUGGCCACACCGUCGCCAUGGUGACCCUUGACAGGAUCAAAGAGUAAAGCUCUGCAGACAGCAUAUGCCCUCACACCCUGCUGCCUCCCCCCAUGUAGGACCACCCUGCACGCUAUUCCUCCCUGUGUGUUCAUGUCUCUGCUCCAUCUGUCUCGAGGCCACAUGUGUUAGAACUUAACCUAUUCUUAUCCCCUCCUCCUCUCCCUUCACACUCUUGACCCUCCUGGCUUUUAAUCCCUACUGCCUCCAACGUGAACUGUUAUAUCAUCUCGGUGCCCUCAUAUCAUUUCUGCAACUUCUUAUUUUGUUUAGAGCCAGCCUGCUUACACAGCGUAAUCUCAUCACAUCCGCAUCCCCCCCCCCCCCCCCUGCUCUCCUAGCUGGAGUAUUAGACCCUCAUUUCUUUCUGUCUUUCCCCUUUUGCCCCAACCCUUCAUUCUGCCCACCCCCCCCCCCCCCCCUUGCCAACCGCCUGGCCCCCUAACCCCCGCGGGGCGCGGCCAUGCUAGAGGGCAUGUCACGUCGCUCCCGCUCCCUGCUGUCCCUGUCCCUGACCACCCUGGCUCUGGUGUUCUCCAUCCUGGCCCUCUGCACCUCCUACUGGGCCGAGGGCACCCACAAGGUGGUGAAGCCCCUCUGCCUGUCGCCUGUCAAGAUGAAGAACUGCGGCCAGAACAACAGCGAGGCGUACACCACAGAGAGCCCCACCCAGAACCCCUUCAACCGCACCAUGUCCCCGGCCCGGAGGGAUGAGCUGUCCAAGAUCAGGCAGAGGCAGCUGGCCAACGCUGUGCAUUACAUCUGGGAAACGGGCGAGGACAAGUACGCCUUCAGAUACUUCCACACAGGCUUCUGGGAGAGCUGUGAGAAACACAGCGAUGGAGAGAAGUGCCGUAGCUUCAUAGAGUUAACUCCCGGGGAAACACAAGGUGUGCUGUGGCUUUCGGUCAUCUCAGAGUUCACCUACAUCGGCCUGCUGGGGAUGGGCUUCCUGCUGAUGUGGCUGGAGCUGCUGUGCUCCCACAAGGAGAUGCAUGCACUCAAGAUCAACGCCUACGCAGCCAUUUGUACCGUGCUCUCAGGUCUGAUGGGGAUGGUGGCUCACAUGAUGUUCACCACGGUGUUCCAGAUGACCGUCAUCGUGGGCCCCAAGGACUGGAGGCCCCAGACCUGGGACUACGGCUGGUCGUUUGCUCUGGCGUGGGUGUCCUUCAGCUGCUGCAUGGGUGCGGCGGUGGUCACGCUGAACUCCUACACCAAGACCAUCAUCGAGAUGCGGCGUCGACAGCGCCUCCGCCUGGAGGAGGCCCGAGCGGUGGCCUGCGCGCCCGCCUACGAUGAGGUGGUCCCCGGGGGCGGGCUCUAUUCGGUCAGCGGCCUGCUGCAGUGUCCCGGGGGGAUGAUGGACGUGGCCUGGGCCCCCGACGGCAGCGUGGUGGGGGUGGGCAACGGGGACGCCAUGCCCACCCUGGUGCUGGUGGGCGGCUGCGGGACCGAGGGGUGCGAGGACUGCGAGAGGGAGAUGGAUAUGAUGGAGGGGGCCGACAUGGACAGGGUGGAUUCGCCCUGUUAGCAGACGGAUCACUCACGGUUUUUGCAGAGCGGAGAAGGACCUGUAGCAGAUGGUGCUACAGAUAAACUUGGGUUCUCCAUUAGGAUUUUCUCUCUGCUACAUUUGGCUUUGUUUUUCACGUGGACGGAAGCUGACCAAAUCCAAGCACAUCAACAUGUGUAAUCUUCUGUACAUGGGGGGGUCACACGCAUCGCUUGCAUUACUCAGAGUUAUUCAUUGGUGCCAAAUACUGGUAGAGAAGAUCAGGUCUCUCUCUAUGGCAGUAUAUGCUAAGUUGAUGAUAUAUUAUUUUAUAUGUGGCGCUUGUGGUAUAUGCUUGGCUCACAUUGGACUUCUUGGAUAGAAUUGACUUCCUAACAAAAGAGCAGAAGACUAUGUACUUUUGAAUUACUUUCAAUUCAUGUCAAUCAUUCCAUCUCUUCUAGGAGACAUUCAUGGUUUGUUAUGGCCCUAUUUCUGUUUUCAUUCAUUUAUAAUAAACAGGGCAGUGCGUUUUUGUACUGGCGCUCUCUCGGUCCCAGGGUGUAGAUGCAGGCGACUCUGCAGUGAUUUAGAAUGCCUGUCUAUGAACUCAUUCCUAUUAAUUUAAUCUUGUGGAAGUGGACUCUAUAAUAGAGGCAAGAAGUAAACAUGCUCUGUGUACAGAUAUCCUGACUUGCUCCUAAGAUAGAGACACAUAGAGAUGGAAAGAUUAUGGAGAUUUGAAAAAGUCUGCUCUCUGAUGUUAAAGCAGAAGAUUAUGACGGUAAUCCCGAGUUGGAUGGAGAGAAGUUUGGAUAGACGGACCAGAGCCUGAGGGCAGGAGUUGAUGGGGGCAGGGCGGAAUGAGCAUUCAGCACGGAAGCAGUUUGGUAAGAAAUGGGCAGUGGAGAGGGACAUUUUGGCAUGUGUAAAUGUGAACUGUAUUCUUUUGCACUUUGCUUGAACACAAUCUUGUUGAAGUGUUACAGGCAAACUCAAGUGACCUCGUGGGCACUUGCAAUACACCUGCUUACGGGCUCAAUUUUUUUUUUUUAUCGUUUUUUAUCUUCAAUUUAGAUAUAAACUGAACUGCCCAUGGCCCAGUGCUUUCAAAUGAUGGACUUUUUUGUGAGUGUCCAAAUUAAUCCUGGAUUUUCUGUCCAUGGCAAAUACAAUUGAAAGCAGGAGACUUCACGUGUCACCUACUCAAUUGGAUUUUUAUCACCCAAUUUAGUACGUUUUUUCUAGGUCAACGCUUAACUUUGUUCUCUGGUAGAAAAACACAUAAUGAAAUCUGAGAAAAAAUAUUUAUUAAGUGUACAAUUUGGAGAAUACAGUACCUUGGUCAAAAACGGUAUUCAGUAUGACCAGUACAAAAUUCGUAAGAUUUUUGGUUGCACAAUUGCAAUCAUGUUGCAAUUGUGCAUACUGUAACAUUUAAUCUAUCAACCUUGUUGGCUAUUAUUUAAAAUGGUUGGUAUUCCACAUAAUUUCCAAAUUUUACCAAAACCAUUUAAUCGACACUCUGUCUGGGCAAUAAGCGUAUUCAUAGCAGACAAUAUACACAAGAUUUAUUAUUACAUUUUCACUAUUUAGAUUUUUGUUACUUUCUAGCCAAAAUGUCCUUUUGGCCAUUAUCCCAAAGUACCCUUACCCGAAAUCAUAUAUCCACACAUAUUAUUCUAGUUACAAUAAAUAAAAAUCUGUAAUAUUAUUUCAGUGUAUAAAUGAUUCAUUAUUAUUCAUUGUUAAUAACAAUAAUUAUUUUAAUAUUUCCAAGUCAAUUGAUCAUCAAAUAAACCUUUUAUUAAUCAAAGAGUACAGUGCGAAGACACUGCAGAAGAAUAGUAUUUACAUAGUCUGGAAGAGGGGAGGUUA